UAUCAUGAUUACUAGUAUGUCUUGUUUAUCCAAUGUCAAUGAACACAUCUUUGCCGUUCAAUAACAAGACACUUGAACUGGAUUACAGGAGCGCUUAUUUCUCAUGCAGAUUGGUAUUGCUGACCCGGCGAACUUCCGUUCUUGCCAUCGCACUCGUGUUUUUGACGUGGACACCAAUGAGAAUGCAACCAGUGUCAGAUGUGCAUUGCCCGUGUGCACUGUCCACAAAGCACCAGCGGAGCACGACUGGUUGCCAAACACCGAUGACAAUGUGCGCAAACUGGAGGAUCAUGUCGGCGAGGAAAUCGAAGCAUGGCUGGAGAAGCUCAGUCGGAACGUGCAAACACCACGGCCUAUCAACAAGUUCAAGCAACAGGUCGUCGUAGACUGGUUCUUUGGAGAUCCGAAUACUGCCAGUAAAUGCUUUGUUAUUGCCAUUUUGGAGCUGAAUGAUGAGCACGCUGUUCUCGGCAAAUGGGUAGGAGAAUUCCUGCGAGCGGCAUUGGCCCUGGACUCAUUCUGUGAAUCUGGCCAUGCCCAAUCCUGGGCGGUGGGUACAUUUACAGUACCGUUCGCUUCUCGUCGUCAGAUUCUCGCUACUGUGUGCUCACUGAAGCAACUGCUUGCUCGUGACCAAGUUCAUGUGAUGGUUCUGGUCAGCACACACGCCAGCUCGCAGGGACAGGUGUUUGCGUGCACACCAUCUCACCUAUCAGCCAGUCACGGUGGGUUUGAGGAGUUUUGCUCGUUGGAUAAUCUGGUGCUGACAGCACAGGACAGUCUAGGUUGUUCGCUUGUCGGUGUACAUUGCAGUGCAUGCUUCCUGAUGAGGUUGGACAGCUCUCAUAAGGACUGGCCUUGUAGCGUAUCUUGGGUCCAGCGUUUGUUGCAGUGCACUGUGACUGGUAGCAGAGGCGAGAUCUUCGAGACCGGAUCACAGGUCGCCGAUCUGCUGGUGCUGCUGCUGACGACUCGAGGCCUGUUUGAGGCGCCGCCGAGUCCGAUGGUCCAAACAUCGGCUGCAGCCGGUGCAGCGAAGAAGAGAAAGACGCAAGUCCGCUCUCGCUGCAGCCCGUACAGCCGCGUUCUGGCCGAGUCUGUACGCCUCAUGCGGUCCCAGCUCAGUCAAAACCUGGCUCAUGAGAUGCGUUUGGUGCAGCUCGAGCCUUCGUACGUGCGCCAGCGGAUUUCCAUCGACGAAGACGAGGCAGAGGUCCACCCUCGGCCUCUUCUCUCCUCGCGUGUCUCCCCGGUGUUGCUUACUACCGAUGCAUGUUGUCCUGCUGAGGCGGCCGCCGUUCGCCUGGCCGAGGCUAUCUCCGUUAACAUGGCCAUGCGAUCGGACGUCCAGUCGUGUGUGCAUUCGCUGACCGUGCCUGUGUCCUGCACUGGGGAUGCGUCACAUCUUAGAAAAUGGCUGUCGGAGCGUUUCUGCGAGUUCACUGCCCUCGACCAGUCCUAUUACUUCAUUGUGCUGAGUCCCGCGCUGUGCGGGCAUGCCUCGUCUGUGAUGCUGGAAGUUAAGGUCUUCCAGGAUUGGCUGCACAGUCGGCGAGCAGCCCAGGCCAGUUCUGGUGUAACUGGUCAGGAUGCACCGGCUGAACAUGGCUCAUCAUCAGCUGGAGUUAACGUGUCUGCACAGGGCUUGGCAGCGGAAAUGUCAAGAGCUGCAGGUGGACAACGGCGCCAGGAGCAGUCUUGUGGCUCUGGGAGCACUGCCCUGCGAACGGAGUCGGUUCAGUCCAAGAAGGCACUUUGCGACACUGUCGGCGUCAGUUCGGCUGCGGGUGCGACGAGUGGGACUCGCAGUCUUCAGUCCGCUGUGCCUGGUCCCACGUUGCCACGGCGCUGCGUCUACGGCCUGUACUUCCAGCAGCUUAGCCCUCGCCUGUUCAACGAGUGUGCCAGCGUUUGGAGACAUCUACAGGCGCAGGUGACUGAUAUUGACCUGUGUUCUCUACCGGUCGUGACGUGUGUCCGUGAUAGUGCCAUGCAGGACAAGUUCUCUCCGUGCCACCAGUUCCCGCUGCUGCUCUAUCUGCUGCACUUGUCCGUCGGUGAGAACUGCAUUCCGCUCACCACGGCAUCAACAUUGCCAUAUCGGCCGUCUCGCUGGGUCUUGGAGCGUGUCUACACGGAGGUGGUGAUGAUGCUGACCGGGCUGGCACAGCGCUGCAACCUCACGCUCUUCUCUCCGUCGCCGAUCGCCAUCGCGGACCACUGCCUGCGCUACGAGCUGCCCGCCGAGCUGGCCAUGAAGCAGUGGGCGUCGGGGCUGGUGUGCUGUCGCAGUGACGCUGCGCUGGACACUGAGCACCCGUACGGAUGCGAUUCCGAUGCGGAGGUAGACGAGAACAAUAUGGAGGAGCAUGGUGCAGUAUAUUCUAAAGGUACCUCUUUGGAGAGCUGUACUCAAUCUUCAGUUGAAAGCGCACGUUCAGCAUUGGCCGAGUGUGUUGGUGAGGCUGCAGUGACCACUCAGCAUGUAAAACUAGCACCGGGCAUCGCUCUACCUUGCUUUGUUGAAAGUACGGCAAGCUUAGACGGUAUCCAGGCUGAUUGCACUGAGCAGGUUACUAAUACUUCUAGUCAUGCUAAAUCCGUACUAACUAGUUCACAACCUGACGGGAGUACCGAGGAACAGCAGGCCGACUGCACACAUGCACAGCUACUGGCGGCUUCUAAACCCUUUCCAAAGACUGAUAGUAUAGGUGGAGAGUUGAGCUGCAUGUCCAGCUGUACUCUGUCCGGCGUUUCUCCUAUCAGUGCGAAGAACAGAAGCGACAAUGAGACGUUGUGUUGUACGAGUACGAAUGAUUCCCAGGUGGCUACCUGUACAGUGGACGAUGCUAAUAAUACUAGACAGUCUACUGUGACAAGCAGUAGUGGUGGCAGACUAUUUCCUGCGGGCAAGCUUGAUACACUAGAUGACUGUCUGACUUCUGACGCCAAUCAGGGUAUGCUGUGCAAUGGAAAUAGCCCCAUAGCUUGCACAUUAUCAUCUGCUAUUGGUGCGAAUGAUACUCUUGGUCGAAGCCUGCCGGUGUGUUCAGAAGGCAGCGUGACAUCAGCUGCCUGUACUGAUAGCAAUGCUGUGCAUGGGCGGAAUGCUAGUCCAGCUCCCCAUGCUAACUCUUCAGGCCCUAGCCAGCACUGUACCGAAGACGCCAUUCCACCGUCCGACCUGCCCGUUUCCAGCAACUGGAGCGAGGUGCACGUCAAACGCUACCACCUGGACUGGACGGUGGAUUUCGACAGUCGCGUGAUAUCCGGCUACGUAGAGCUGUGCAUUGACCCGGCCGGCAAUAACAUGUUUGAUCGGCCUGCUAAGCACAACACUUCAGCCCUGUGUGCCUGCCCCAAUCGGGGUAUUCUUGCGGUCAGUGAAGUCGUGCUGGACCACCGGAGACUCAACAUUACUAAGGUGAGCGCUCUUGUGCACGCUCAGACAGUGCUCAACGAUGGCAGCCAUGACAUCGCUACGCCCCAUUGUCUUGCUUCACGGAGGUUUGUUCAGCCAUGUGCAAGCAAUCUGCCAGCCGCCAUGAAGCUGUGCCCGGUGGAAUUCGACGUUUCCGAGCACUUUGUGAGGUGCUCGAAGCCAGCGUCUAUGUGCUGCCUGCCACGACAUAUUCGUGUUCACUACUCCACACCAGCGGACAGUGCUUCGCUCAGCUGGGUCAAGGAUGCUGAUGGAAGACCCUGCGUGUACACGCGCGGCUCGUCCGUCAAUCAUCGAGAGCUGUACCCGGGUCAGGACACGCCGAGGUGUGCAUCCACGUGGAGUGCUCGUGUGUGUGUACCCAGCGGCUGUACUGUACUGCUGAGCGGGGAUGAGUCCCGCGAGAUCAGCGAAGACGCAAGCGACAAGUGCAGUGUGUCAGUGUACGACUGUUCCAUGUCCACUCCGUUCUGGUGCUGUGUUCUUGCCUUCAUGGCUGGCUGGUACUGUGAAACACCAGUCGAGCCGCUCGUCACCCAUCAUGCAGCUGACCAAGGUAACGGAGCCAGCAUUCCCAUGUCUUUGUGGACAGUGCCUUCGUUGCAAACUCGUGCCGCUCAGCUGCUGGCAGUGUCUUCUCGCAACCUGUUCUGCGCCAGCACUCGCAUGCUGGGCAGGUACCCGUUCGGUCACAUGCACUUGGUGGUGAUGCCGCGCUCGUUUGGCUGCCUCGGUCUGGCUAAUCCGCAUAUGGCCUUCCUGUCGCCGUCGUUGCUGACCGAUGCCGCGUACACUGACCUGCGCGUUGCCCACGAGUUCUCGCACUCCUGGUUCGGCUUGGACAUCGGCGCUAGCAUCUGGACGGAGGAGUGGCUGAGCGAGGGAUUCGCCACGUACUGCGAGGACCGUAUCUAUACUCUGUGUCAGGAGGCAGCGGGAGGUGAUGCGGUGAUGCUGCGGCAAUUGAGUGACAUUCGUCUUCGUCUCAAGCUCAACGUCUUGGCUGCCGAAGUUGACCACACCGACACCACACUGCAAGUCCUUGUUGGUGAUCCAGAAAGUCAGGAUCGUGUCGUCAACGCACUUCGAGAGGAGAAGCCCUUCCAGCAAGUCCACUAUAUCAAGGGAUACUUGCUUCUGUGCCACAUGGCGCAGCGAGUUGGUGUUGAAACCUUCGACCGCUUCCUGGCAAGAGUGACAGAGAAGUUUAGUGGCAAGAACAUCUCAUCCAGGGUCAUCCUGAAUUUCUUCUUUGAAGAGGAGGGCGCACCUUUCCGAUCGGAGGAGUUCUGCACAGAUCGUCUGGUGGCGGACUGGCUGCAACAUCCUGGCAUGCCGCCUUCGACGCAUCUCCUUAUGCCCGAAGCGGAGAAUCAGUGUCUGGCUCGCGUGAAUGCAGAGAUAGCCUCACUGUUGAACAUGAUCCAAGCACCCGGUCAGCACCGAAAGCAGCACCACACCCACGACGGACGCAGUCCCCUGGAUCUGUCCUGUUUUGAGGUUUGCUGGCUGUUGACACAGUUGGUUCAAGCCGACAUCAAGACUCUCCGUGUGUGCUGCAUGCGGCACAUUCACGCCACGUACAGAAUGGAGCAGCGAUCUGCUGAGGAGCGUCACAUUUGGUGUGAACUUAUCGUCAAGCACCGCUGUCAGUCUUUCUACGGUGAUGUGGAGAAAUUCCUACGUGAAGACCAGGGAAUGGGUGUGUAUCUUUACGGAGAGCUCAUCCUCACCCGCCAGAAGAAAGCUCAGAAACUGGCGGUGGACGUCUUCCAGAGCCUGCAAGAGGAGCUUGACGAGGAUGCUCGGAAAGUCGUGCAGGGCAUGCUUGAACCGCUGCUUGAUGAGCAGUAGAAAAGGUGAGAAUGGUCACUUUCAUUUCAGGCAUUACCAUUGAACAACUGACCACUGAACUUCGUCAGUUUUGCCUCCAGAUUGAUUAUUGUGUUGCGUUUGAUCCUCGAACUGAGUGUGCGAAGUAUGCUACGUGUGCUACCCGUGUGUUAUUUAUUUUCACUUUAAUACCCUUAACUUAUUUCUUUAUUUCCAACUUCCGACCAGGCGUUCUCUUAUCUCCAGCUGCGAGUCCUUUUCAUCUUUGCUUGCUUUGUGUGACUGUCGUAACUCUUACUCAUCCUGCCCACCUGUUUAUGGCCGGUUUUUGGUUUUCUGUGCUUCUUCUUGGUGUUCCCUGGCUUUGUAGUCGGUUUAAGAUUUCUUUUCUUUUUUGUUUUGUAGUUUCAUCUUUUACUCAUCCAGCAUAGGGCCUUCACUGCACCAGUGGAUUAGGAUAGCAAUGUAACUGCAGUAUAGUGUGCUUCCAACGGACAUAACCAUGCGUACUUUAUGCCCGGGGUA